AUGUUGGAAUACAGGAGCAAGAACGGUUCUUCGGCUGCGACGACCGAUAUUCAGAUUAUCACGAAAGACGGCCAAGAGUUUACGGAAGUCAAGGAAGGGCUAGCUCGUAUCUUAGUUCCGUUUUCGGCGAAAGAUAUCGCAGAUAAGAAGUCGAAUGUCGAGGAACAGCAAAAGGUCUUCUACAAUCCCAUUCAGCAGUUCAAUCGCGACUUGACGGUUCUCGCAAUCAAAGCGUAUGCCGAGGACGCAUUUGCUAAGAGACGGGCUGGAAAUGCCGAAAAAGCAGCCAAGAGGAAACGUGAGAAGACAGACACCGGUGAUCGCAACUCGAAGAAGGAAAAAGUAACCGAGAAUGCAGACGGCGUUACGUCUACAGCUGACGAUGUGGCCAAGAACGGGGCUCAGUCGGACAACGCAGAUAUAACCCUUCCAGACGCGCCAAAUGGUCGAGAUAUAGGAUCACAAGAGAACAGUUCUGAAAAAAUCUAUGGAAAUAGCGAUAACGUACCUUCUGGCGACGCGCCUAAUACCGACCAACCUGCCGAAAACUCACUGCCGACCAAAGAUCAAGAGACGAAAUCUACCGAAGCAAGAAAUAACCAACCUACACCUAAAUUUACCAUACUCGAUGCUCUGUCGGCUACGGGGCUUCGAGCUCUACGAUAUGCCCAAGAGUUACCAUUUGUUACAUCAGUUACUGCAAAUGAUCUUAGUCCCUCAGCUGUCAAGGCUAUCAAGCAAAAUGCGGAGCAUAACGGUGUUGAAUCCAAAGUAAACGCGACAUCGGGCGACGCCCGUGCACACAUGUACUCCCUGCUUACUUAUGAAGUCGCAGAAGAAAAGGGGAAGAACAAGAAGGGCGGUAAUAAACCAAACAGGCCAAACAACAAAUACAACGUGAUCGAUCUGGAUCCAUAUGGAACCGCUGCUACCUUUUUCGACGCAGCACUUAACGCCGUACGAGACGAUGGGGGGUUACUGUGUGUUACAUGCACAGAUUCGAGCGUCUUUGCGUCACAUGGGUAUCCCGAGAAAACAUUUGCUCUUUACGGCGGCAUCCCUGCGAAAGGAUGGCAUUCUCACGAAGUAGGGCUGCGCCUCAUACUGCACGGCCUUGCUUCAACAGCAGCGAGGUAUGGGCUGGCUAUCGAGCCCCUGCUGAGUCUAUCGAUUGACUAUUACAUCCGGAUCUUUGUUAGGGUUAGGAAGUCGCCAGCAGAAGUCAAGUUCCUUGCGGGGAAGACUAUGAUCGCGUAUAGCUGCGACCAGGGGUGCGGAGCCUGGGAAACGCAGUUCCUGGCACGCAACAGAAAAGCACCUAAUGCGUCUGGGAAAGGCGUCUUUUAUAAGCACGGACUCGCUAUGGCGCCGACCACCGACCGGCUUUGCAAAGAAUGUGGUUCGAAGAUGCAUCUCAGCGGCCCAAUGUACGGCGGACCGUUGCAUUCUCCAGGCUUUAUCAAGAAAAUUUUGGAUGACCUUCCUAGUGCUCCCGACGAGAUCUACGGCACAAAGCCGCGGAUAGAAGGAAUGCUACAAACAGCACUGGAAGAGUUCCUUACACCACCAGAAGAUAGGAUGGAAAAUCACAGGGAGGACGAAUUCGCUGCGAUCGAACAUUAUCCAUUCUAUUUUCACCCGGCGAAGCUAGCGGGUACUCUGCAUUGUAUGUCUCCUGACGAAGAUAGUUUUAGGGGCGCUUUGCGGUCUUUAGGCUAUGAGGUUACUCGUAGUCAUUGCAAGGGCGGCAGUAUAAAGACAAAUGCGCCAUGGUCAGUCAUUUGGCAUGUCAUGCGAGAAUGGGUCCGCGAAAAAGCUCCCGUACGUGUUGAUAGAAUAAAAGAGAAUACUCCUGCAUAUACCUUGCUCCGGUUAGGCAAGACGGACGAGACUCCGAAGGAAGAUCCUACAAAAGAUGCAGAGCGCGAAGCGAUCGAUAACUUAAAGGUUGUCUUUGAUCAGAAGCUUGGACGAGACAUAUCUAAGAAAGGCCUUGUAAGAUAUCAGACAAAUCCCAGAGAACAUUGGGGUCCUCAGAGCAAGGCGAAGGGCCACUAA